CCGCGGCGGAGGAGGGACUUCCGGCGCGGCGCGGAAGCGGUCGCCCCGCUUGCGGGAGGCUGUCGGUGAGCCGAUGCAGGCGGCGCGGCACGUCGUGGUCGCCCUGUCCGGCGGGGUGGACAGCGCCGUGGCCGCGCUGCUGCUGAGGCGGAGAGGCUAUCAGGUGACAGGGGUGUUCAUGAAGAACUGGGACUCACUGGAUGAACACGGAGUGUGCACUGCCGACAGGGACUGUGAAGAUGCUUACAGAGUUUGCCGGAUCCUCGACAUCCCUUUCCACCAAGUGUCCUAUGUGAAGGAGUACUGGAAUGAUGUGUUCAGUGACUUUUUAAGUGAAUAUGAAAAAGGAAGGACCCCUAAUCCUGACAUAGUCUGCAACAAGCACAUCAAAUUCAGUUGUUUUUUCCAUUAUGCUGUGGAUAAUCUCGGAGCAGACGCAGUUGCCACGGGCCACUACGCCAGGACCUCACUGGAAGACGAGGAAGUCUUUCAGCAGAAGCACAUUAGGAGGCCAGAAGGGCUUUUCAGAAACCGCUUUGAAGUCAGAAAUGCGGUUAAACUUCUUCAAGCAGCUGACAGCUUUAAAGACCAGACCUUCUUUCUCAGCCAGGUUUCCCAAGAUGCCCUGAGGAGAACCCUCUUCCCUCUGGGGGGGCUAACGAAAGAUUUUGUCAAGAAAAUAGCUGCUGAGAAUAGACUCCAUCACGUGCUUCAGAAGAAGGAGAGCAUGGGCAUCUGUUUCGUUGGUAAAAGAAAUUUUGAAAAUUUCAUUCUUCAGUAUUUACAGCCCCGGCCUGGUAAAUUCAUUUCUAUAGAAGACAAUAAAGUUCUGGGAACACACAAAGGUUGGUUCCUGUAUACUUUGGGCCAGAGAGCCAAGAUGGGCGGCCUGCGGGAGCCCUGGUACGUGGUGGAGAAGGACAGCGCCACGGGCGACGUGUUUGUGGCCCCCCGGACAGACCACCCGGCUCUGUACAGGGACCUGCUGCGGACCAACCGCGUGCACUGGAUCGCAGAGGAGCCGCCGGCAGCCCUGGUCCGGGACAAGAUGAUGGAGUGCCACUUCCGGUUCCGCCACCAGAUGGCGCUAGUGCCCUGUGUGCUGACCCUCAACCAAGACGGCACCGUGUGGGUGACAGCUGUGCGGGCUGUGCGGGCCCUGGCCCCGGGACAGUUUGCCGUCUUCUAUAAAGGGGAGGAGUGUCUGGGCAGCGGGAAGAUCCUGCGCUUGGGGCCAUCUGCCUACAUACUCCAGAAGGGCAAGAGCAAGUCCAGAGUGGCCGUCGAGGGCCCCAGCGACAGCCCCAGCGAUGGCCCAGGGCUGGGCCCCGUGCUCUGAAGGAGGCUGAGCGGCUGCUGCGUGCCCGGGAGCAGCCCCGCAGGAGCAGAGCCCAGUGCGGAGCUGUCCAGGGGAGCGCGGCUGAGCCUGCUGCCCCGGUUCUAGCCGGGCCGGCCUCACAGUGCCGGGCGAGCCCCAGAAGGGCUU